CUCAGUGAAAAAGAAUCCCAUUACGUUUAUAGCGCCACGUACAUUCGUGAAUAGGCUAUUGGGUUUUCCUGAAGGAUGAAUCAGCUGGCCGGUGUAGGCUAAUGGAAGAAGAAGCAUGGCUGCAGUACAGGCUCAGGGCGAUCUUUUGAAAAUGACCCACAGAGAAAACUGGAAGGUGCAGCAUGAGAAGCUCCAUGUCAAGCACAGUGGGCAUGAGGCCAUGCAUGCGGAGAUGGUCCUCAUCCUCAUCGCCACCCUCGUCGUAGCACAGAUCGUCCUGGUGCAGUGGAAACAGAGGCACUGCAGAUCCUACAACCUGGUCACCCUGGUACAAAUGUGGGUCGUCCCUCUUUAUUUCACUAUAAAGCUGUACUGGUGGCGCUUUCUCUCUACUUGGGGGAUGUUCUCUGUCAUAACCAGCUAUGUCAUCUUCAGAGCCACCCGUAAGCCCCUGUCUGGCAGGACCCCACGGAUGGUCUACAAGUGGUUCCUCCUCAUAUACAAACUGAGUUACGCAGUCGGUGUCGUUGGGUACCUUGCAAUUAUGUUCACAAUGUUUGGGUUCAAUGUGUUCUUCAGGAUUAAAGCAGAGGAUUCGAUGGAUGUGGGUGUGAUUAUGCUGUUUUAUGGCCUGUACUAUGGAGUCAUGGGCCGGGACUUUGCGGAGAUAUGCUCGGAUUAUAUGGCGUCAACAAUAGGUUAUUACAAUGUUGGGGGCAUGCCUUCUAGAAGCCUCCGCGACGAUAUAUGUGCUGUGUGCGGGCAGAAGAUCUUUGUGGAUGUGGACGAGGAAGGGAUUAUUGAAGACACAUAUCAGCUGUCCUGCAAUCACAUAUUCCAUGAAUUCUGUAUUCGCGGUUGGUGCAUUGUGGGAAAGAAGCAGACCUGUCCCUACUGCAAUGAGAAGGUGGACCUGAAGAGAAUGCUGAAUAAUCCCUGGGAGCGCACACAUAUGUUAUAUGGACAGUUAUUGGACUGGCUGCGAUACCUUGUUGCUUGGCAGCCUAUCAUUAUUGGCAUUGUUCAUGGUAUUAAUUUCUCUUUAGGACUUGAAUAGUACAUUGCAGCAUUAUGUUUAAAUUAACAAUUUGCAUGUGUAUUAUUUGUAAAUUCUGUAUUUCAUCAUGUAUAUGCAAAAAAAAAACUUUUAUAUAUUAUAAUUUAUUGAAAGAAAUGGUUUACAGUACUAAAAUGUUCACAGUUUUGUACCUCACUGCCUCAUAAAUUCCAUUGCUCUUUGUCAAAGCCCCCAAUUUUAUUUCUGUUAAGAAAAUCUAUGAAAUAAAAAUCCAUAUAUAGUAGCAGGAAGUUACUGUAUAUAGUAGAAAAACCAGGAUUCUGUUCUACAACAUGCUUCUAGUAAAUAAUUUCGGUAAUUGUAUUGUAAAUGCAUUCAAUGUAUUUCCAAUUCAGUUCAAUUUCAUUUGUGCAGUGCUUUUUACAGAGAUGGAAAAUUGCGAAUGAGGCCAUGAUUCCUUGAAAACCUAAAUUUAAAAGAAUGUAUUGUAAUAUGGAUGUGCCAUAAUGGACUAAUAGAACAUUUAAUAGGUUAAUAAGAUAAUGCUAUUUUGUCAGAAUUGCAAGAUAAAUAGGCUAACAUUUUAACAUUCAGUUAGUAGUACGGGUAUAUCUUUUACUCUGCCAUUUUGGUCUUGAUAAGAGUACCUGUACCUGUAGGUAAGGUCAGUGUUUAUUCGACUUGCCAAAUCAAAAAACUAAUUUAUGAAAUUGUUUAUCCAAGGACAAAAUACAUGACGUUUGAAUGGAGCCCAAAGCUAAUACAAUAAGGACAAUAAAGAAUAAAUACUUGGGGAAAAAUGUGUAAAAAAAAUGUGUAAAAUAUAAACCAUUUAGUUCGGAAGUGAAUUCCAAGGAAGGAUAGUGAUAAAAUGUUUUUGUAAACAAACCGUUUAUGUUCAUGCUUAUGUGUACUGCCUGUUAUCCCAGUCAUUGCUGAGGAUGAUAAUGAGUAGCACAUUUUCCCACACAGCAAGUCAUUGCCAAACAUUACAAAUUUAACCCAACGUGCAUAACAAAUUAAUAUUUGUGUGCAAAUUUUAUAGGGCUGUGCAUGUUACGACUGGAAAAUAAUUUACAACAGUAACUAUUCAUAUUAUGGUGUUAAUUAAAUCUAGUUUUUUAUUCAGUUUAAAUAAAUACUUUCAUACAAUUUACAGUGAAGAAAUGUUUGGAGAUUUGGUGUGAAACAUGCAUGAAAGGAAUAUAGCAAAUGCAUAAACCUGAAAACAAAAAGGGACUUGUUUUAGACAUUUAAAGAUAGAUUAUAGACAUUGUGCAUUGUGCGUAUUUUAUAUUUGGUUACUGAAAUAACUCUUGCUUUAUUGCUGAUUUUUAAGAUAUCUUAUUUUUUUGAUUUUUUUUUUUUUACAAAACAGAAUAACCCAUUCCCAACAGGGUAGCUGGAGGGCUGUAGUGCUUUAUUUUUAUAGUGUGGAAUCUUCGAGAAACAAAAAUCCUCAAAGGCUCUUAGAGCCCACAGUGCUUUUGCUGUUAAAAGUUUCUGUCUGUAUUGGAUUAUGGUCAGGAAUCUGGAAAUCAUCCAGUGGAGCUUCAGCUCUCUUUUGAUGCCGUUGGAAGAAAUAAAAUGUUUUUCUUGUUUGUUUUUCA